UCGAUCCUGUAGUCUAUAAAAGGGGCCGAAACAUUUUACUGCCAUUGCAGUUUGGAUGUUGCUGGAUCAUUGUGAAAUGUGUCAAUAAUUUUUUUUUGUUCGUGUAAAAAAUUGUGGAAUAUGGGUGAACUCAGCUUGGUAGUAUUUUUAAUAUGCGUCCUAGGUUUCCUACACAUCAAAUCUGAAACCAUUGCGGAACCCUUAGUCACGAUAUCUUUGGGACAAAUCAAAGGCUCGAUAAUCACGUCGCGUCUUGCUAAACCGAUUUAUUCCUUUAGAGGUAUCCGAUACGCCAGAGCACCAGUCAACGAGCUCAGAUUCAAACCCCCUGUGCCUACCGAAAAAUGGGAAGGAAUUUACAACGCAACUCAAGACGGUCCACUGUGUCCGCAACCUUCAUCUGAUCCAGUUUCAGAAGAUUGCCUAAUGCUUAAUGUCUAUUCGCCUAAGCUUCCUAAUGGAGGUGAAAAUCCAAAAUUGCCUGUCAUCGUCUUCAUCCACCCUGGUGGAUUCCACAGUUUUGGUGGUACCAGUAAUUGGGUUGGUCCGAAUUACCUUGUGGACGAAGGAGUGGUACUAGUAACGUUUAAUUAUCGAUUAGGAACUUUAGGGUUCCUGAGUACUGGCGAUAAGGAAGCACCUGGAAAUAACGGAAUGAAAGAUCAAGUUGAAGCCCUGAAAUGGGUUAAACAAAACAUUGAAUCUUUUGGAGGUGAUCCAAAUUCCGUAACACUUAUGGGAUACAGCGCUGGAGCUUGGUCUGUUAUAUUACACAUGGUUUCUCCAUUAUCUCAAGGCUUGUUCCACAAGGCAGCAGCUUUAAGUGGUUCGCCUACAGGACCAUGGCCCAUUCCCAGUAAUCAAUUAGACGUUGCCAAAAAACAGGCUAAAUUUGUAGGAUGUCCUGACGAUACAGCUGCUAACAUUCUCAAGUGUUUGAGGACAAAAUCUUUCCAUGAACUAGGCGAAUCUCUACCAAAAUUCAAGGAAUUUGGAAACGACCCCGUUUUGAUAUGGUCCCCUGUUAUCGAACCGGAUUUCGGACAACCUAGGUUUUUGACAGCUCACCCAAUUCACUUGAUUACCAGUGGUCAAUUUAAAAAGGUACCGUUUAUUAUUGGACAAACCAAGGACGAAUUUGGACAGUUCGCGUUCAACGUUGUCAACAAUGAAACCCUAAGCAAAGAAAUGAACGAAAAUUUCGAAAAAGUCGCUCCAAUCUCUUUUCUAUAUGAAAGAGACACAGAUUUCUCCAAGACUGUCAGCAAGACUAUCAAAACUUUCUACUUACAGGACAAAAACAUAGACAAGUCUCAACUCACUCCUCUAGCACAGGUGUAUUCUGACUCUUUAUCUGGAUUUGGUAUCAAUAGAGCUGCAAAAAUAAUAGCUGAUCAUAGUGACCAAUUGGUCUAUUACUACAAAUUUACAUAUCAAGGACGUUACAGUCACUUUUACACACCUGAAAGCAACAGCACUGUGCCAUAUGGUGUUGUACAUCAAGACGAUUCACUAUAUCUCUUCUACAUUAAAAAACUAUUCCCAUUGUUUGCUGAAAGUUCGCCCCAAGAAGUUGAGAUGGUAACGAAGUUAACGGCAUUGUAUGGAAACUUUGCAAAGACAGGAAAUCCAAUACCGACCACAUCAGAAAAAUUGGACAACGUGAAAUGGGAACCGUUCACCACGGCAGAUCAGAAAUAUCUCGAGAUCGGCGACAAGCUGGUGAUGCAGGAAAAACUAUACGAAAAAAGGUUCCAGGAAUGGGAAAAGCUCUACCCUUUAAGCAUGUACCAAAAGAACAAACACAGCCACUGAACUGAUUUUAAUUUUUCCUAGAAACCGAUUUACUUAUUUUGAAAUGUUCUUAUAGAUACGUACUCUCGAAGAGCAUUAUUGUGUAUAUAUAUUGAUUUUUAUUUGAAUAAAAUACACGAGAGCAUUACUCGUAU